UGAUGUGUAUUGCGCAUGUAUGGUUACUGUGAAGAACAGCUGUAUGUGGACUUGCUGUUGUUUCGUGGAAGUCAUUCCUUUUCCUGGAAUUACGACUUUGGAGCUGAAGCUUGUCAUGUGUUAUGUGGUAUUGAUUCAGGAUUGGUUGUGACUACGCUGUGAGUGCUAGCUGCGGAGAAGCACCUACCCCAUGUAGCGAAGCGAAUUACAUUGAUGCACCUUUUAUGCGGUAGACAGAUACAAGGAGUGACGUUUUUGAUGUAGCACAGUGGUGAGCCAUCCAAGGAGGCUAGCCAUGAGUCAAGACUCCGAGUCUGAUGAUGAAGGGUAUAUGUGCAUGGAGCUGCCCACCCUCAUCAAGCAGCUCAGGUCCGUGCUGGACCAGUACCCUGAUGAUGGGCAGAUACUCAAGGAGUUGAUCCAGAAUGCUGAAGAUGCCGAGGCCAGUGAGAUGAGAAUACUGUAUGAUGUCAGACAUAUUGACCCUGAUUCCAGACUACUGAAGAAGAAGCGUUACCUAGCCUCAUUACAGGCCCCAGCCUUGUGUGUGUACAAUGAUGCCUUGUUCACGGAGAAGGACUGGCGCGGAAUCAAAAUGCUACAUGACAGUGUCAAAGAGGAGGAACCUCUCAAAGUUGGACGGUUUGGGCUUGGAUUUAAAUCUGUGUUCCAUGUCACUGAUUUCCCAUGUGUCAUAAGCGGGGACACUGUGUUGUUCAUCAACCCUCAGGAGAAGAAUAGUGACCGAGUCUGCUACAUGAAGAAACUGAGAGAUCUUUCCAAUGAAAUCAAGAAGAUGAUCCUUAAUGUCUUCAGUGGCAUCUUUGACUUCACAUCAGACACGGUACACAAGGGCUAUUACAGUGGAACCAUCUUCUGGUUCCCCCUCAGAACCAACAUCUCAAAGCUGUCGGACAACCUUUACACAGAGGAGAAAGUCAAGGAUCUUUUCCAAGCGUUUAAGUCUGAGGCGUCCAUCACUCUCUUAUUUCUGAAGUCAAUAGAGAAGAUACAAUUGUACCAGAGACUGAGCAGAAAGAUACAAGUCCGGUUCUCACUGCAGCUGUCUCAAGACUGUCUCCAGCAUGUGAGGACAGAGAAGCAAGAUUUCAUGAGAAAAGUGAAGCAGGCACAGGGAGGAAUACCAGCAGCAUCUGUAGAGAGUCAGUUGACUUUAACUGUGGAAACAGUGAAUGUUGCAGGGCCUAAGUCCUCACAGCAAUGGAUUGUCAUCAACUUCUACAAAGGAGGAACUAUGAGUCCAAGGUUCAGAGAUCUUUGCAGUGACAAAGCUCUUUCCUACGCCCCCUAUGUGGGUCUGGCUGUUCCUCUGGGUCAGCAGUGUAAAGGUCAUGUGUUUUGUUUCCUCCCGCUCCCCCUGGAGAGUCGCAGUCCCACAGGGCUGCAGGUUCAUGUGAAUGGUUUCUUUGCUUUGAAUCAGAACAGGAGACACGUCAAGUGGCCAAAAGCAGAUCAGCUUCAAAAUCAGGCUCACACCGACAAGGCUAUGGAGUGGAACAAGUGUCUUGUGAGUGAAGUUCUGCCUGAGGUGUAUUAUAGCAUUGUAAAUGCUCUUGUUCAAUGUUGCAAGGUGCAUACUAAUUCAAUUAUCAUCAUUCAGCAAAUCUACAGAAUGAUACCAGACAUUGAUGAUGUUGAUGUGAAUUGGAAGCCCCUUGUUUCAACAUUGCUGAAGCAGCUACACAAUAUACCUUUACUGUUCACACCGAGUCACCAGAGGAUGGGGAUCAAGAUGAAGGACGCCUUUCUUGUGGAUGUGGCCAAUGACGCUUAUUCGUUAAUCGUUGAAAUAUUUACUCUGUACAAGAAAUACAUCGUCCCAGUACCUUCAAAACUCAUGAAGACUUUAGAAAAACAUUUCAGCUCCCACAUUCACAAAGUGACACCUAAAGAUGUCUGUGACACACUGAGAUUGAGCAACAAUUUUACAAGAUUACCAAGACAGAAGAAACUCAUGCUGUUGAAAUAUCUCCUGGAAUCUGAUCAGUACAAGCACCUGGAGGGUCUGUGUCUUCUUCCAGUGGCUGAUGGCAACUUUGUGGCGUUCGGAGCACCUGCUGCUGUGUUCAUCUGUGACCAGCCAGAGGAUGUCAAACUCUUCCCAGGCCUGGAAAGUCAGUUGGUUUCACUGGACCUUCCUGAAGAUUUACACCAAGCUCUGAUGAAACGGGCAGGUGGCGGAUGGAAAGGCCUUUCCGUGAUGUCAUCUGCUGCCUUCCCUGGCCUGCUCCAGAAAUGUCUGUUGAGGCAUUUCCCAGAAGGUAAAGCUAAACUCCCUUCCCCAUCCUUGGAUGUCAGCUGGCUCAGGCAAGUGUGGAUCUAUAUUACAGCCCAUGGAUUUGAUGUUGAAUCUGUGUUCAGUGGUUUUCUUAUUGUGCCGGAUAUUGAUGCCUCUGGAAGAGGAAGACUCCACAGCAUCGAUGACGUCUUCAUUGCUCAGUCAGUGAGGCACUCUGAAUCUUUACCUCCAAAUGUAGGUGCAGCGCUGAAGAAACUAGGCAUUGUCCAUUUAAGGUAUGUUCCUGACUUUGUGCUGAAAAAUUCACAUGUUCUUGGGACAAUCAUUCAGUACUCAAAUCCAGUUGGUGUUGUAAGAGCAUUAGAGAAAGUAUACAGGAGGAAACUUAUCACAGCUGUACAACUGUUCAACUCCGAAUCCUACAAACAGGAAAGGUCUGCUUUGGUGGCCUACAUGAGAACCUGCCAGCGCCAGUUGUCCAAGGGAAGUAAAGCAGUGUUGAGGAAGUUACAGCUAUUUACUGCGACAGACAACAGUGAUUGUUCAGUGGAAACCUUAUGUACUCUGGCUCCUGAUGAACAAAUACCUGUACCCUACCCAGAGAGGUACAUCCAGUGUUCAUCUGCUGCAGUGAGACACCUGGCACUGACACUUGGUGCAACAGAAAGGCCAUUUCUUGAUGUCAGUCGACAAAUCCUUCAAAUGAUGCUGCACAACAAAAGAAAAUAUACAGAAAGUCAUACGGUAGAUUUUAUGGAGUUUCUCAUGGAGAAUCACCUUCAUAUUGUGAAUAAGACCAGGCAAAUUGCUUCAGAGGUACGGUUCCUUUCAUCCAGUGGAGGGUCAUCUGGACUGAGAGCUUGUGAUCUGUUUAGCCAAGAUGACCCAUUCCUGAAAGACUUAUUCCUGGGAGAAGACAAAUUCCCAGCAGAUAGGCACACACAAACAGACAGACUCAGAGAAGGAUUACUUCUUCUUGGUCUGAAAACAGAGAAAGACAUCUCAAAAAGGGAUAUUGUAUCAACAGCAGAGACCAUUAAAAAGCUAUUUCAAACAAAAAGGGAAUCAGAAGCAAAGUGUAAAGUGACAGCCUUGAUUCUCUUCCUUAAAAAUAAUAUUGAAUGCCAUGAGGACAUUAAGACUGCAUUACAUGAUAUAUCCUUUCUACCUGUUCUCAAGUGCCCCCCUUCCUGGCCUUUACCAUGGAAAGGUGAAAAAGAAAAAAGAAAAAUAGUGGCAUGUCCAAAGGAAUUGUAUGAUAAGAAUCUCUCGAGUUUGGUAGCAUGUUCUCAGCUAAUUCUUGAUCACCAUGUUGACAGUAACUCAGGAUUUGACAUUGAACUCCUCUCCAGGCUUGGCGUUAACAGAAGGGAAGAUGUUGAUGUGAGUGUUGUAGCAAAUCAACUGGUAUAUGUUUCUCAGGAAAUGAAUUCAUUGACCAGUGAUGAGAAAUUCAUUGAAUUGGAGAGAAUAUGCAAAGACAUAUACAAAUUCAUGAACAAGAUAGUUGAAAAUGAUCAGAAAAAUCAUGAACAGACUCUACAGUUUUUAAGAGAGAAAGACGCAGUGCUAACUGGAAAACAGAUGAUAAAACCCUGUCGGGUAGCUUUCAAUCUUCCAUGUGAUUUAUCUCCAUUUCUGUAUGAAGCUGACAAAAGUUUAAGUGUGUACAAAUCAUUUUUAGUGACCAUUGGUGUGAGAGAUAGCUUUGAAGUGAAUGGAAUACUGAAUUGUAUAGAAAAAAUCACCAGAGAAGCAGAUGCUAAAACUGUUUCUGAGGAAAGACUGACAUGGUUAGGGCGAGCUACACUCUAUCUUUCAGAACUGGUUACAUCUGUGAGUUUACCAGAGGGCAUUAUCAUUUCAUUACCAGAUGAAUAUAGAAUAAUGUCUCAAGUAGAUUCACUUUGCCUAGAUGAUUGCAGAUUUGUUUGUAAAAAUGAAAAGAUGCGAUUUGUGCAUCCGUGUAUUCAUCAGUCUGCAGCCAAAUUGUUAGGUGUCAAAGGGAAGCGAGAAGUUGAUCUGAAAGAAAACAUUCAAAGCUUCUCACCAUGUUUCUCUGAAUUUGGAGCUGGUGAAGAUCUUACAACGCGACUGAAAGGACUUCUUAGUGGAUACCCAUGUGAUUCUUCAAUCCUGAAAGAACUGCUACAGAAUGCAGAUGAUGCUGAAGCAACAAAACUGAUGUUUCUAAAGGAUUUCAGACAUCUGCCAACAGAAAAACUCCUCAAUGAUCGACUGAGCUCUGUUCAAGGCCCUGCACUCUGUGUUUAUAACAAUGCCUACUUUACAGAAGAUGACCUUGAAGGUAUUCAGAAAUUAGGUGUAGGAAGUAAGAAUGAUGACCCUUUAAAGACUGGACAAUAUGGAGUUGGAUUCAAUGUUGUUUAUCACCUGACUGAUGUCCCCUCAUUCAUCACUGCAGGACCAGGAACGGACAAAACUAUAUGUUUCCUUGACCCACAUGUGAAGUAUGUACCUCAUGCCACAUCUGAAAAACCUGGAGUUCGAAUAUCACAGUUGAAUGAAUUGAGAGAGAAAUAUACAGACACAUUUUCAGGUUAUCUUGAAGAUCGUGUUGUAAUUGACAUCUCAAAAGAAAAUAAAGGGACACUUUUUCGAUUUCCUUUAAGGACACGAGAAAUGGCUGCUGAAUCAAAGAUAAAAGUCAAAGAAGUCAGUCCACAAGAUGUUAGUGAACUUUUAGAUGAAUUCAGGGCUGACAUGCCCGAAUUUCUUCUAUUUCUUCAACAUGUGAAACAAAUAUCUAUUGCCAGCAUUACAGAAGAUGGUAGACUUGAUGUAGAAUAUUGUGUUGAAGCAACAAUGAGUGAAAAUGAUAUGUCUGUACAUGAUGGGUACAUGUCUCAUUUGAAAAAUCAGACUCAAAAGAUAAGAAAUCCUUCCGUUGGUUUUGGUCUUGAAGAUGUAUCGCCUUUGGAAGUUGAGUUGUCUCUCAGUAUCAAAGAAUCUGAAGGUAGACGGCAACAUUGGGUGGUAUUUCUCCAUUCUGGAUUUUCUAAGGCAACACCUAUUCCAGAAGCCCUCAUAUCAGCUUGGGAGGAUGGAGAAAUUCGUCUAUUACCAAGAGGUGGUGUUGCCAUGCUACUGUGUACUGAGGAGAAAAAGGAGGUAGAAUUCCAAGGUAAAGCAUUUUGUACCCUGCCUUUGCCGAUCCACACUGGGUUGCCUGUUCAUGUCAAUGGCAACUUUGCCUUUGAUCAUGAAUCAAGAAGAAACCUAUGGUAUGACAAUAAGGACUACAGGUCAUGUUGGAAUGAACAUGUUGUAAAUGCCAUCAUAGUUCCUGCGUAUAUCGCAGCUAUGCAGUCAAUGAAGACAAGAACUGGAUCGACCAAGGUCAAGUCACAAAACUGUGUUCAUGAAUAUCUCGACUGCUUUUAUAGCUUCUUUCCUGAUAGAAGCCACACAAAAAGUCAACUAUGGAAUGAUCUUGUUGUUUCAUUUUACACAGAUGUUGUGUCAAAAGAGAGAAAGCUUUUCGCUGUCGUAAAACCAUCAGGAGGAAUGUUUGCUGAUUUCAAAAAAGAAGAUAAAGAACAUUUAAAAUGCAAAGUUUUGUGGGUACCAGCUUCAUGCAAGAAAGGUUUCCCUGGAUAUUUCAAUAACCUUGAAAUAUAUUUCCCUCAAAAGAAAUCACAGAGUGAUUCAACAAAUGAUUGGAUCCAACAACUUCAACCACAGGAAGUCGCUUGCAGGCUUACCGAGAUACUCAAAGACUUGCAGAUGAAAGUUAUAUAUUCUCCAGGCAGAAUUCUGAAGAUUAUUGCUGACACAUGCAUGGAAAGUAAAAUGAAUUGUGUGACACCAAAAUCUGUCAUAGAUUUUCUUAAAUCUCACAGUUCUGUCUCUCAAGAUAGAUGUAGCCUUGGGUCAGUGGCUUUGCAGUUAGAACUCACAGUUUUGAAACAUCUUAAAUCACUUGAGUUGCUGACACGCUUCUGUCAGCUUCAUGAAGAUUUUUCUUCUGCGUUACAAUCUUUACCCCUGGCAGUUACUGAAUCUAUGAAACUGUGCACGUUUGAUGCAUCAAACCCUUUUUUUGUCACAAGGUUUACAGAUCUGCUUGCAGGAACACCUGAUCUGCUACUGCACAAAGAUAUUGUUGGACUGUAUGAAAACUAUAUAGAAACAACACCUGUUUUCAAGGAGCUUGACAUUAUUGCUUUUUCAAAGUUGAUAGAACAAACACUUUCUAAGAAUAUAUUUUGCACUGGAAGGCCUGUUCCUUGGCAAAACUCAGAUUUUCCAUCACAACAUUGGAUCCGAGACUUCUGGGAGUUCUUGUUCACACAGACGAACAAUAGUACAUCUCCUUUAGAUCUGACAUAUGUAGAAGAUUGGUCAUUGUUUCCAUCUACAAAAGACAAUGGUGAAAAUCUUAUUCUCUACCCUAUCAAAAAGAGUGGAAGUGUUAUCGAUAGUAAGUCAGUUUCCCCAAAGAAAUUCGAAACAGCUUUACGUAACAUGGAUGUUCCACAACUUGACAGUUCUUUGUUUUGUGGCAGUGUUGAUGCCACUAGAAUCACUUCAUCCAUUGCAGCCAGCUUGACUAUGCCAGUAACAGUAUUGAAGUUGUUAUCAAACUUUGAUUUCAGCACUUGUCGGGAUAUCACUGCAGUAGACUGUCGAGCAUUUUUACAAUUCUUUAGUGAAAAUGUUGACAAGAUAAAUGAUGAAAUAGGUGAACAAAGAACAAAACAGCUGCUUACACAGAUUCCCAUUUUCGAAUCAAUGUCUGAAGAACUGGUUGCUCUGCAUACUCACCAGAGACACUUUGUAGUAAAGGAUUACUCUACAGGGCCUAGUGAUGGUGUCAGUGAUUGGACCCGUGGUACAAGUAUGGUAUUACUUAAAGGAUUUGAUUCAUGCACAGAACUUUACAGCUUCAUGGGUAUACAUGUGCAUACACAGGAGCAACUAUAUACAGAUCUUAUUCUUCCAAAUUUUCAGUAUCUGCCAACGUCUGUUCUUCCAGUACAUUUGACGUAUAUACGUGAUGAGCUGUUGAAAAAGUCUGCGGAAUUUAGUGAUGAGCAAAAACAACUCAUUGAGAAGCUGAAAAGUGUAAAAUUUAUUGAAGCAUCAAAUGGAACACUCCAGUGCGCUAGUCAGUUCUACAGUCGGGAUAUUAAAGUUUUCACAUUGAUGUGUGACCAAUCUGAAUUUGCACCUCCACCCUAUGAUCAAGAGGUGUGGCAAAUGUUUUUGAAAUAUGCAGGUUUACAAGACCAUGUUACUUCUGAGCAUUUUUUGGCAUAUGCUAAGCAAGUUGAAAAACUUGGGCGACAGAGAAUGACUACAGAUGUUGAAGAGAAGUCAAAGGCUUUGAUGGCAUGUCUCGGAAUGAUGCAUGAAGAAUAUAUUGAGGAUGGAUAUGCACUUUCACAGAUUAAGAGUAUCAGAUUCUUAUUACCACACAGUAUCACUGAUGAAUGCCUGGGAAAAGAAUUGACAGUCAUAUACCCUCAGUUUGGUGAGGGAAAACAUCUAGUUUCCUACUCAGAAUCACUUGCCCCACAUCACUGUCAUUAUGUCUGGACAAGCUGCCUGAUGUUCCACCAUGAUGCAGAUCCAUCCUCAUGGAGUUUUGCAAGGAGAAAUUACAAAGAACUGCGGUCUUUAUUUGGAUUGCAAGACGGUCCUCACCCCAAAAAGGUUUUAAGUCAUAUCCAAAACAUUUGCACUUCUCUUGCGAAUAUCCAAAAUCAGAAUUCUGAGGGAAAAUUGUUGUCACUUGACAACACUGUUCGUCAUGUCAUGAUGUCAAUCUACAGACAUUUACUCAAUCCUCGUGUCCGCAAUAAGAUCAAGCAUUGCCUGAAAGAUCUUUCAAUCAUGUACGUUCCAACUGUACCGUGUAUGGUUUCAGCUGAUAAAAUUGUUAAAAACAUACACCCUGAUGAACUUGUAAAAGGAUACAUGUAUGCACUGCCAGAUCAGUUUACACAAUUCCUUGAUGUAUUCAUUGACCUUGGUUCAUCAAGGGAUGUACAUGCAAACCUGUAUGCCUGUGUGCUGAAGACACUCUACUGCAAGACAGAAGGAAGACCAUUGAAUUCUAAUGACCUAGGAAGUGUUAAAAAAGCAGUUGAGUCAAUGUUUAAUUGCCUAAAAAGGGAAAAGAAAACUGAAGAAUGCACAUUACAGGUGUCCUCUCUGUAUCUUCCUGACAACAAGUUCCAGUUAACAGACUCUAGACACCUGGUGUUUAACAACAACACUUUACUGUCUGAAAGAGUGAGAUCCCUUGAUUUACAGUAUUUUUUAGGAUUCCAAACACUGAAUUUAUCCGAAAUGAAUAUGGAUCCUCUGGGUUUCUUAGCUAUGCUACCAGAACGUUAUCGACUGCAGACGUUGACAUCUCUGGUUGAAGAAAAUGUUGAUCAAGGCAGUAAGCUAAGAGCAUAUGCAGGUGAUUCAGUCAAGAAAUACAAGACUAGUGUACAGGGGUCUGAAUUUGUUGAAGCAAUUGUGAGACUUGUCAAUCAUGAAAAAUACCAGCAAAAUGAACAAAGUCUGGAACCAUUUGAAGCAAAGAGCAUUGAGGAAAGCCUUGCACAUUUAAAAAUUCUUCAGGUCAAAAACUUGCAGACUGAACUUAGACGGAAUGGAAAUCUGGUGCAUCAGAGUAAGGGAAAAAAGAGGUUUUGUUUGGAAAGUGAAAAAGAAGGCUCUAUUUCGAAAACAUGUCUAUACAUCAACUGCGAGAUACACCAGGUGACAUUACUUGUUGCUUUAGAAACAAUGAUUGAUGAACUGACCUUAUUCAAACUGGGAAGGUCGAUUCGUUAUGUGCAUCACAUUUUUAACUCAGUUCCAGAAAUGAUCAGAAGUCAUUUAGAUGACUUUGAAAUUAGGACAUAUAAUUAUUUUGCAGGACAAAGAGAGCAAACAAUUGUUUCUUCAACUGGGGCGUUUAUACCAGAAGAAAUGCACUGGCUUCUGGACAACAGUUUUGAUGUGUUUAAUGAAGGGGAAUAUGUUGGACUGGAGGUUUACGAUCCCAUCACUGACCCUGGUGUACAAGAUGAAGUUCCUGAAAAUGCCAACCCAGUUUAUAUCUAUGCUGUUGUGAAGAAAGUACUGAGGAAGGAGGUCUUGCCAAUCAGAAGAAUGUAUCUGGUUGAAGUUGGGGAAGGUCGAUUAGAGGAAAUGUCUGGACUAAAGCUUUACAACGUUUUGAGGAAAAACGUAAAUCAGUGUGGAGACUCCGCAUCACAUACUGAUCAAAGGUGUGAGGAAAAUAGACACAGUCUUACACCCUUGUGGAGGAACUGUUCAGAUGAGAAGGAGAGAAACACAGUGAAGAAAAGACUUUACUUGGCCCAGCACCCUGACAGGAAUCCUGAUAGGGAAGCUUUCUUUACCAAAAUAUGUUCGGACAUUAAGAGAACUGCGAUGGAACUUGAAAAUGAGCAUGCUGGGGCAACAUAUCCGUUCUUCUUUGAACAUUUGGACAAGAGAAGUUCUGAACAACAGACCCGUUUUCAGAACUAUGAACGUAGACGUCCAGAUCAGGAUCCAUCAAAAACUAACCCACAACCACAUGAGGCAAAACGAUGGCUGAGACAGGCAAUUGAUGACUUGGCUGCAGCAAAGGAUAUUUUUCCUCCCUGUAGAGGUUUUAAUUGGAUCUGUAACAAGACUCAUCAGGCUGCUGAGAAGGCGGUCCUAGCAGUAUGGUACAGCAGAAGCUCAACCACAGCAGACACACUAAGAAGCAGCAAUGCACUGACAGAAAUCACUUCAGGAUUGGACAAUUCACAGUUGUUGGAUUUGGCAACUCAGCUUCAAUCUUUAGUUGGCGACUACAGCAGAAUGUGCUACCCAGACAGGUUGUCCUUUCCAAGUAUUCCUGCUGCUGUAUACACAGAGAGUCACGCAAGGCAGGCAUGUGUACUUGCAGAGAGUAUUCUGGAAUUGGUGAAGGAGUUGUUUGAUGUAUCAGGCGACACCCCUUUGCGUUUUUAGGAUGUCAAGAACAUUGAUGCAGGUGUCAGGUGUCAGGUACACUGUACGUCUGUGUACUUUAUAUUGAACUUACUUAUAAAGUAAUAACAUGUGCCUACACCAUUAGGGUGAGUUUUCCCGUGAUUCAGUAGAGUUGUUUUUCCAUGUCACACACAUGUAUAUGCACAUACCGAUUUUAACGAUUCAGUACAGAUAAAACAUGUUAGGAAUAUUUUAAACAGUCCCAGUUUUUUGGGUUUUUUUGUAUUAUUAUGUCAUACAAAUGAGCUUGUAAAAAUGUUGCGUCAUUUUAGGCCAAACCAGAAUACCAGAAAAAUAACAGUUUUUUGCCCAAACUGACAGCGACAUAUGCAUACCUUCAAGACUGAAACUAACUGCAAUCUUGUGUGUAGAUUUCAUAAAUUUUACCAGAUAAAACAUAUUUCAACAUAAUUAUGAAACUGUCAUCAUGUGUACGGUUUUCAUCUUUUGAACUAGAUUAAUACUAUUGUAUGUAAUAAGUAUUUAAAUUAAUGAAACCUUAACAUUUGCAUACUUUUUGCGAGUGGAAAUUAAUGAAACAAAUGUCAUGUGUGUAUGUUUCAUGAGUUGGACUGUAUUUAUGUACAUAGUAUUUUGCUAUAACUUGUUUUUAAAUUUCAAGAAAGGAACUGUAGAUCAAUCUUUAUUGUAUGUGUAUAUUCCACAAAUUGAUCUGGAUGAAUUGAUUAUAUUUACAUCAACUCAAAGCUACAUGUACAUACUAUGAGCGGAUCUUAGGUGUAUGUAUUUCAUGUUUCAGCAUACUGAAAGCUACAUGUACAUACUAUGAGGGGAUCUUAGGUGUAUGUAUUUCAUGUUUCAGCAUACUGAAAGCUACAUGUACAUACUAUGAGGGGAUCUUAGGUGUAUGUAUUUCAUGUUUCAACAUACUGAAAGCUACAUGUACAUACUAUGAGGGGAUCUUAGGUGUAUGUAUUUCAUGUUUCAACAUACUGAAAGCUACAUGUACAUACUAUGAGGGGAUCUUAGGUGUAUGUAUUUCAUGUUUCAACAUACUGAAAGCUACAUGUACAUACUAUGAGGGGAUCUUAGGUGUAUGUAUUUCAUGUUUCAACAUACUGAAAGCUACAUGUACAUACUAUGAGGGGAUCUUAGGUGUAUGUAUUUCAUGUUUCAACAUACUGAAAGCUACAUGUACAUACUAUGAGCGGAUCUUAGGUGUAUGUAUUUCAUGUUUCAGCAUACUGAAAGCUACAUGUACAUACUAUGAGGGGAUCUUAGGUGUAUGUAUUUCAUGUUUCAACAUACUGAAAGCUACAUGUACAUACUAUGAGCGGAUCUUAGGUGUAUGUAUUUCAUGUUUCAACAUACUGAAAGCUACAUGUACAUACUAUGAGCGGAUCUUAGGUGUAUGUAUUUCAUGUUUCAACAUACUGAAAGCUACAUGUACAUACUAUGAGGGGAUCUUAGGUGUAUGUAUUUCAUGUUUCAACAUACUGAAAGCUACAUGUACAUACUAUGAGGGGAUCUUAGGUGUAUGUAUUUCAUGUUUCAACAUACUGAAAGCUACAUGUACAUACUAUGAGGGGAUCUUAGGUGUAUGUUUUUUCAUGUUUCAACAUACUGAAAGCUACAUGUACAUACUAUGAGGGGAUCUUAGGUGUAUGUAUUUCAUGUUUCAACAUACUGAAAGCUACAUGUACAUACUAUGAGGGGAUCUUAGGUGUAUGUAUUUCAUGUUUCAACAUACUGAAAGCUACAUGUACAUACUAUGAGGGGAUCUUAGGUGUAUGUAUUUCAUGUUUCAACAUACUGAAAGCUACAUGUACAUACAAUGAGGGGAUCUUAGGUGUAUGUAUUUCAUGUUUCAACAUACUGAAAGCUACAUGUACAUACUAUGAGGGGAUCUUAGGUGUAUGUAUUUCAUGUUUCAGCAUACUGAAAGCUACAUGUACAUACUAUGAGGGGAUCUUAGGUGUAUGUAUUUCAUGUUUCAACAUACUGAAAGCUACAUGUACAUACUAUGAGCGGAUCUUAGGUGUAUGUAUUUCAUGUUUCAACAUACUGAAAGCUACAUGUACAUACUAUGAGGGGAUCUUAGGUGUAUGUAUUUCAUGUUUCAACAUACUGAAAGCUACAUGUACAUACUAUGAGCGGAUCUUAGGUGUAUGUAUUUCAUGUUUCAGCAUACUGAAAGCUACAUGUACAUACUAUGAGCGGAUCUUAGGUGUAUGUAUUUCAUGUUUCAACAUACUGAAAGCUACAUGUACAUACUAUGAGCGGAUCUUAGGUGUAUGUAUUUCAUGUUUCAGCAUACUGAAAGCUACAUGUACAUACUAUGAGGGGAUCUUAGGUGUAUGUAUUUCAUGUUUCAACAUACUGAAAGCCUUCACAUUUGCACGCGUUUCACUAUUAGAAAUAUGAGUCAACCUCUAUUGUAUGUGUAUAUUACAUUAAUUGAACUGGAUGAAUUGCAAACAUUUACAUAAUACUGAACUUAGUGAUAGCUGCAGCAUGUGCAUACCUUGAGUAGAACUUAAUUCAAAUCUUUGUCAGACAUAUAUAUUUCGUGAUUUGAAGUAAAUUAAUACUCUUCUAUGUAAUUAGUAUUGAACUUACUGACAACCAUAACAUUUACUUACUUUUCACUACUGGACAUUAAUGAAACCUUUGUCAUGUGUAUAUAUUUCAUAAUUUGGACUGUUUCUAUCCGGGGACUCAACCAAAAAAAAGUACUAGAAUCUGUACUUUAUUAAGAAAGUGUUAUCCCAAAUAUAACAUUUGUUACAUUUGACCACUUUCUAAAUGGCAUUGUGUAUUCUUAAUAUUCAACAUACUCAAUGCCAUAACAUGUUCAUACAUUUCAAGGAAGCAACUUAUAAUAAACCUUUUUUGUAUGUGUAUAUUACAGAAAUUGACCUGGAUGAAUUGCAAAACAUUUACAAAACACUGAACUGAGUGAUUAUUAAGUUGCGAUAUGUGCAAUCUUUGUCAUGUGUAUAUAUUUCAUGAUUUGGACUGUUUCUUCUCAUUGUUUAUCAGCUUAAUAUUCAACAUACUCAAUGCCAUGACAUGUUCAUACAUUUCAAGGAAGCAACUUAUAAUAAACCUUUUUUUGUUUUGUAUAUGGCAUAAAUUGAACUUGAUAAAUUCAAAACAUUUACAUAAUACUGAACUUAGUGAUAGCUGCAACAUGUGCAUACCUUGAGUGGAACUUAAUUCUAUCUUUGCCAUGUGUAUAUAUUUAUUGAUUUGGUCUGUUUCUAUCCAUUGUUUAUCAAUUUAAUAUUCAACAUACUGAAAGCCAUAACAUGUUCAUACAUUUCAAGGAAGGAACUUAUAAUGAACCUUUUUUGUGUUGUAUAUUACAUAAAUUGAACUUGAUAAAUUCAAAACAUUUACAUAAUACUGAACUUAGUGAUAGUUGCGAUAUGUGCAAUCUUUGCCAUGUGUAUAUAUUUCAUGAUUUGGACUGUUUCUAUCCAUUGUUUAUCAAUUUAAUAUUCAACAUACUGAAAGCCAUAACAUGUUCAUACAUUUCAAGGAAGGAACUUAUAAUGAACCUUUUUUGUAUGUGUAUAUUACAUAAAUUGAACUGUAUGAAUGCAAACAUAUACAUAAUACUGGACGCAGUGAUAGUUGCGACAUAUGCAAUCUUUGUCAGGUGUAUAUAUUUUAUGAUUUGAAGUAAAUUAAUACUUUUCUAUGUGAUUAGUAUUGAACUUACUGACAACCAUAACAUUUACUUACUUUUCACAACUGGACAUUAAUGAAACCUUUGUCAUGUGUAUAUAUUUCAUAAUUUGGACUGUUUUUAUCCAUUGUUUAUCAAUUUAACAUUCAACAUACUGAAGGCCACAACAUGUUCAUACAUUUCAAGGAAGCAAAUUAUAAUAAACCUUUUUUGCAUUGUAUAUUGUAUAAAUUGAACUGGAUGAAUGCAAAACAUUUACAAAAAAAUGAACUUAGUGAUAGCUGCUACAUGUGCUUACUUUGAGUAGAACUUAAUUCAAUCUUUGUCAGGUGUCCAUUUUUCAUGAUUUGAAGUAAAUUAAUACUCUUCUAUGUAAUUAGUAUUGAAUUUACUGACAUCCAUAACAUUAAAAUACUUAUCACGACUGGACAUUCAUGAAACCUUUGUCUUGUGUAUAUAUUUCAUGAUUUGGACUGCUUGUUGCCAUUGUUUAUCAACUUAAUAUUCAACAUACUGAAAGCCAUAACAUGUUCAUACAUUUCAAGGAAGGAACUUAUAAUGAACCUUUUUUGUAUGUGUAUAUUACAUAAAUUGAACUGGAUGAAUGCAAACAUAUACAUAAUACUGAACUCAGUGAUAGUUGCGACAUAUGCAAUCUUUGUCAGGUGUAUAUAUUUCAUGAUUUGAAGUAAAUUAAUACUCUUCUAUGUAAUUAGUAUUGAACUCACUGACAACCAUAACAUUUACUUACUUUUCACAACUGGACAUUAAUGAAACCUUUGUCAUGUGUAUAUAUUUCAUAAUUUGGACUGUUUCUAUCCAUUGUUUAUCAAAUUAACAUUCAACAUACUGAAGGCCACAACAUGUUCAUUAAUUUCAAGGAAGCAACUUAUAAUGAACCUUUUUUGUAUUGUAUAUUGUAUAAAUUGAACUUGAUGAAUGCAAAACAUUUACAAAAAAAUGAACUUAGUGAUAGCUGCUACAUGUGCUUACUUUGAGUAGAUCUUAACAUUUUUCAUGAUUUGAAGUAAAUUAAUACUCCUCCAUGUAAUUAGUAUUGAACUUACUGACAACCACAACAUGUACAUACUUUUCACGACAGUAAAUUAAUGAAACCUUUGUUAUGUGUAUAUAUUUCAUAUCUAAACUGUAUAAAGUACAAAUGAACUUGAUAUUGAACUAACUGAAAGCUUUAAUAUUUGCAUUAUUUAACGACUGGAAAUUAAUUAAAGCUUUGUCAUGUGUAUAUGUGUCAUGAUUUACACUGUAUUUAUACACAUUAUUUAUCCACUUACUAUUCCAAAUAGAACUUUAAAUAAGCCCAAAUUGUAUGUUUAUAGUACAUGAUGUGAACUGAAUGAAACAAACAAAACUUGACAUACAGAUUAACUUCCUGAAAGCCAUAACGUGAAUGCAUUACACGAGUGGAAAUUAAUUAAACCCAUGGCAUGUGUACAGUAUAUAUUUCAUUAUUUGAUCUGUAUUUGUGUACAUUUGUAUAAACUUAAUAUUCAUUAUACAGAAAGCCAUGGCAUGUUUCGGUCAAAAGUCAACCUUUAUUGUAUGUGUAUUUUACAUAAAGUGACCUGAAUGAAUUGCAAAUAUUUACAUAAACCUGAACAUAGUGAAAAGCUGCAACGUGUGCAUACCUUGAAUAUAACUUAAUAUAAUCAUGAUUUGAACUACAUUAAUACUAUUAUAUUUAAUUAACAUCGAAUUGAGGGAGUGUGGUUGUGUGUUAUUUUGUUGUUUUAGGGUUUUAGCUUGGUGAGAGCACGGUCUCGAGCUUUUAGAUGCGGCCUAGUGGGCCUGUUUCAAUUAAGAAAAUACCUAAUGCUUUAAACGUUUUGUAGGUCGUUUAGUGGGUUUAGAAGUGUUGCCAGAGACAUUUGGUUGUUACAGUUUAUUGUUGAUUUGAGGGUUGUUCUGUGUUGUUGUUAGUGUGUGCAGUGUAAUAGUGCAUGUUCAGGUGUUUCUAUAAGGUUACAGUGGGGACAUUUAUCUGUUUGGUGUUUUCUGAUUUUGCGUAGGUGAGAGUUUAGUUUAGUGUGUUCUGUCUGUAAUUUGAUUAUUGCCCUGUCAAAUUUUUUCAUUUAUGUAGGGGGGUUUUGAGUGGCUUUUGGAGCAUCUAUUUUAGUUAACAGAUUUAUUUCUGAUAUUAGUUUUGCCACUUUUGGAAGAUUGUACUCUUAGUGAUACUUUUAAUCUUGGUUUCAGAUAUUGGCAGGUUGAUGCUUAUUUCUUCAAAUUUUAGUGAUGCUUUGGCUGCUUUGUUGGCGUGUUAGUUACCAAACACUCCGAUGUGGGCAAGGAUCCAUACGAAUUCUUUACCUAGAUUGUGGAGUUUGUUUGAGCUUUUGAGUAUCUGUUGAGUUAAUCCAGGUCGAUUUUUUGGUGUUUUUGUUUUCAGUGGCUUAGGUCUACUUAGUGAGUCAGUGAGGAUUAUUUUUUUUUUAAUUUUGGGGUUAUGUAGAGCUGUGGCCAUCCCCAUUAUUUGGCCGUGAAAAUUGAUUGAUUAUUUGAGAGUCUGUAGCAUUUUGUUUCUUUUGUGGGUUGGUAUAUAUGGAUGCCGAAUCCUGUGUGUUUUGAGCACAGGUCAGAGGACCCGUCUGUUUAGAUGUGACACCAAUUGGGCCAUUUUUCGUGUAUGUAUGAUAGUGUGAUAGCUUUAGCGGUAUUAGGGUUGGUUUCUUUAUUUAGUUUGAAGGAGAUUGUUGUGUCUAUAUUGGGGAUUUGUCAUUUGGGUGUGAAAAUGUUGUUUGGUUUUCUGUUUAGUCUUAAAUCGUUUAGGUUGUGUAUGUUUAAGUAGUUGAUUGUGCGUUGAGAGAUUAGUGUUAAUCGUGGGUUUUUCCUGCUAGUAUUUGGUGUUUUAGGCUUAUAUUGUUUUUAAGGAUGUGUUGGAUUGGGGUAUUAUGUUGGGUUGAGACCCAAAAAUUUAUUGUUAACUUUCUCGGUGUUAAUUCAAGGGAAUUUCGGCCGUUAGGGCCUGCAGUGAGGUAAGCGAGGUGCCUUGUUGUGUGCAAGUGAUUAUCUUAGUGUUGUGUUUAAGCUAUUGUAUAUUCGGUAUCCAUAGUCUAUUUUGGAUCUAAUUAAUGAUGUGUAUAAUGAUAGUAGGGUCUCCUUGGACGCCCCCCAGUUGGAACCUGUCAGGCAGCGUAGUGUAUUUCUGUCUUUACUGCAUCUAUUUAGUAGGUCUUUAAUGUGAGCACCCCAGGUUAGAUGUUCAUCAAAGAUUAUAGUCCUAGAAAUUUGGUCUGUUUUGUGAAAUGUAUAGGAUUAUUGUUUAGUUGUACUUUGGGGGGGUUUGCAAGCAUGUUUUUGUGUUUGAAAACUCUCCCUGUGUUUUUUUCCGGUAUGUAGUGAGAAGCCCUAUUUAUUUGCCAAUAAUUGUAUUCUGUUUAAUGGUUUCUGCAAUAAUUUUUGUGCCAUAUUUAUGCUUCUAGUGCGGAUCCAAAGGGCCCCGUCAUCUGCAUAUUUAGAUGUUUGAACUUUAUUUGAUAUUCCCUCGAAUAUUUCGUUUAUCAUAAUGUUGAAAAGAGUUGGGCUUAGAAUGCUGACUUGGGUCGUGCCAUUUUCUAGGGGACACUGGUCCGAUAGCGUUUGGUUGAUUCCGACGGUUGUUUUGCGAUUUGUUAGGAAGUCUUAACUAUAGAAUAUUAUUCGGCCCUUGAGUCCUGCUUUUUGGAGUUUUUGUAUUAGUCUGUUAUGCCACACCAUAUCGAAAGCUUUAGAGAAAUCUAUAAAUAUGCCUACUGUAUAUUGUUUGUUCCAUUGACCCGUUUUAAUGUCUUGUUCUAAUCGGGCGAGGUUGUCUGAGGUUGAGCAGCCUGGGGUGAAUCCACUUUGGUCCUGGUUUAUAUUAUCUUUUUGGUCUAAGUUGUGUUGGAGUCUAUUUUUGACCAUUGCUUCCAUGAUGUUACAUAAAUUUGGGGUUAGGGAGACUGGUCUGUAAGAAUUUACCUCGCCUUCUGGUUUGUUCGGCUUUGGUAUUGGGAUGACCAAAGCCUCUUUCCUUGAAGUCAGACGCUGACCGUUUUGGUAGAUGAGAUUGUAUAGUUUAAGAAGUGAUUCCAGAUAUUUGUGGGUAGUUGUUUAAUUAUUUGGUAUGAGGUUAGGUCCAGACCGAGGGCUGUUCCUUUUUCCGAUUGUUUAAAACAUGGUGUGUUACUCUGUUGGGUAUGGUUGAUUUAUUUCUAAGUCGGGUAAUUUGACAUUUAUUUUCAUUUUUUAAUUGUUUUUGGAAUUCCUCAGAGAAUUACUAUUGCUACUAAUGCCUGAGAAGUGAUUUGCUAGUUUAUUUGCUUUUUGUCUAGGGUUUGUUGAGUUAUUCAUGAUUGAUGUUUUUUUGUUCGUUAAAUGCUUUGGAUUGCAUGUUUUUUACGCCAUACUGUUUUUGCGUCUGUGUGAUGGUUUAUUUCUUUGCAGAAUUUUCUCCAGGUUUUGGGGUGUUUUUUUAUGUUUUGACGAGGUUUUGUACUUGGUGUUUUAGUUGAUGUGCUAGCUUUAGAUGUGUGUGGUCUCGUUUAGCUUUGUUAAAUGCGCUUUUGCUUUUUUUUCUUGUCCCUUCAAUUUCCUUAUGUUGAUAAUGAAGGUCAUGCAGAGGUUAUAAUCCUUAUGUGUAAUCCACUUGGAGGAAAUGAGGAGACUGCUUGUAAUGAAUGCUUUGUCGGGAGAUAUGACCUUUCAUUUUUUUUAAUUCUCACAAGUACAGGAUCAAUUUGAUAAUUAAAUCUAACUUCGACUGGCUUAUUCAUUGCACAAAUAAACGUGCAUGGUACACGGUGCAUAAUUUGCCUGAUGACUGAUGUGGGCAUCUAUCACAUCUAUCUAUUUCAACAUUUCAUUUCAAAGUUUUGAAUGUGUCAUCAGUCUUGAAAAAUGAAAUGAUAUUAUUUUUCUUAUAUAUAUAUAUCAACAUAAUUCUAAACUUAAUAAUUCAAAAUUAAUCUCAUCAAACAUCAAAUCACAUAUGUAUUUUUAACUGUUACAGUGUGACAAAGGCCGUCAGUCUGGAAAACUUAAUGAGAUUUUUUAGUUCUAAUAUCAACCAGCUGAUUCUUAACAGUAACUAAAUAAUUUGAAAUCAAUAGUGAAUAAUGAUCAAAUAAAAUGUAUGCAUCUUGUCUCGACAGUGUGUACGUGGAUGUGUGUUAGCGCUUGUAUAUGCUUGCUACAAAAGUCCAAAAUAGUCUCAAAUUCUCUCCAUUUCUUGGGCCUAUUUGACAAAAGGCACACGUAGUAAACUGACAAUGUGAUAAUGUUACUUACUUGACAAACGGUAUUCGAUGUGGUUUUUAAGUAGUAAAUAAUACUGCAUGCAUGUAUGACUAAUCACUCGUGGUUUAUAUUGAAUAACCUAUAAAUAAAGGCAAUGGUUUGGAAUACCAUAUAGAUGUGAUUUGAACACAUCCACGUCUCGUACAAAACCUUGAUACUGUUCAAUUUUAGUCACAACAAUGUGAAUGUUCUACAUACAUUUCACACUUAGUUAUCAGUACUGGAUUUGGUUAAUAGCUCUAUAUAAUCUUAAGUAGAUUACUCUUGAUCCUUGCUAAACAUACUCUAUUUGUGUAGUUUCUAUUUUUAUGAUUUGUAACAGAACAGUUGAUAGUGUUAAAAAGAAAAGACUUGUGCAUUUAGUUCAUGUUGAUGAUUACUAGACAGUGAAUAUGAUAACUGGUACUAAAUAUGAUAACUGUAUUGAAUAUGAUGACAGUACCGAAUAUAACAGUACUGAAUAUGAUAACAGUACUGAAUAUGAUAACAGUACUGAAUAUGAUAACUGUACUGAAUAUGAUAACAGUACUGAAUAUGAUAACAGUACUGAAUAUGAUAACAGUACUGAAUAUGAUAACAGUACUGAAUAUGAUAACAGUACUGAAUAUGAUAACUGUACUGAAUAUGAUAACAGUACUGAAUAUGAUUCUGUUUACCGCAAAAGAUAACGAUGACUGAAUAUUAUUACCACAACUGAAUAGUCCCACGUAAGAUUCGGGUUAGAAUUGGCCUUCAACAUCCCAUGCUUGUCAUGGGCGACUAACAGGAUCAGGUGGUCAGGCUUAGUGACUUGUACAGAAUUAUUGUCGUGAUGUCGAUCACUGGAUUGUCUGGUCCAGACUCGAUUAUUUACCGGCCAACGUCAUUAAGCUGGAGUAUUGCGGAGUGCCACGUUAAACAACAUACAAACUACUACUACUACUACUACCACUACUACUACUACUAUUGUUGUAAUGAACCUGAUCACUGUUUUUGUUUGUUGUUUAACCUCGACACUUGGCAAUAUUCCAGCUAUACGAUGGCGGGGAAAUGAUUACUAGUACUGAUCAUGAAUAUAAUGACUUGUACUGAAUAUGUAUGUGCUUCUGCUUUUUGUCCCAUUACCCAAUCAUUUAUUAAAAUAUUCUAACUUUG